CCUAACUUUGGAACAUUUUACUUCUGCUAUAAAUGAUUCUUUUCAUUCAGUCGUAGUGCGUGAGAUACAAUAGCCUUGAUUAGCGAAGAUUUGGUGUUUAAAAUAUUCGCUUGGAAAGUGACUUUAUUGUGACGUUGUUGGUGACCACAAGUGUUCUCCCAAUUCAAUAACAUUUUCACGAUCAAGUGAUCACUUAUUCGUUGAUUUGUGUCAAUUGAAUAGCGACACCGCCUUUCGCGUGCUCAUCACAACCGUAAGCGUUUACCCACCCUCCAGGUUGCUGGUAUUGGUGCUACCGACUGGGGCCCAUAUCCGAGUGGUGUUAUUGUCGAUCAUCGUGAGCAAAAUAGAUACCAUCUUGCUCCGCACACUGCUUCAGUGAGCUGCUGUAGUAGAGUGCUAGACAGUGUUGUGCAACCAGUGAGAAUUUGCACUUUCGUGUGAUUUGAACCUGAUGAAACAGUAAUAGAAAAAGGGCAUAUCAAUCAAACGGAACAGACAAUGAACCAUUUGCAAAUCUCCACCGAUCCGACGCUGUUGAGUGCCGAUCUGCCGGAGUCUUUGACUACAUCGCCUUCGGUGUCGACGUUCCUCCCGGAAGAGGACGCAUCCACAUGUUUACUACUGCCGGGAACCCCCAGUCCACCGUUGGAUUUCACUCAUCCGUUGACUCCACUGGAUAUGGGAAACAGCGACAAUUGCGAUAUAGUAGCCGGCGAUGAUCCUGCUGCAGAAACCAGUUCCUCCGGUAGUUCCGGAAUUGGAAUGGUUGGUGGUUGUACGACAGGAGCCGGCAACAUGUUCGGAGAUUAUCAGCACCUGCGUAAGACAAGCGACGGGAAGGUGCAGGACAAUGGGAUGUAUCUGACGGGAACGUUGAAAAUACCCAUCACCAAGGGAAUGCCAAGCUUCGUGUACUGGAACUGGCCGCUGAUCCGGAAGUGUACCUUUUUUGUGUUUCUGUCUGGAAUCGCGGCCAUGGUGGGCAUUGUUGUAACGAUGAUAGCAACGCUACCCAAGUCGUGUAAUCCACCAGUCGCCUGGUACAAAGGUUCCGUCUUCUACGAAGUAUUCCCGGCCAGCUUCCAAGACACCAACGAUGACGGUCUGGGCGACAUUCGAGGUUUGAUCAGUCGAGCCGAGUAUUUUAAAAGUCUAGGAAUCGCAGCCGUUCGACUGAAUUCGAUUUUUCCCUCGAAGCACUACCCGGACCACUUCCAGGAUGUUACCUCGCUGACGGCUGUGGACGAGGUGCUCGGACGGGUUGAAGAUCUACAAAAAUUCGCUGCCGCACUGCAUGAGAGAAAUAUUUCUCUGAUCUUGGACCUUCCGAUUUACCCGUUUGUGGAUCAUCUGAAUCCUCCGACGAUUGACGUAGACCAUUUACCCAAUAGAACGGAUGAUAUACCGACGAGUGAAUUCCUCCGGUUGGCCAGAUCGUUACCAGCUGAGCAGGAGAACGUUAUCACUAGUGUGAUUCGAUUUUGGUUGGCCAAAGGUGGUGUCGAUGGCUUCUAUAUCAAGGGACUGGAACAUUUCCACGCCGAUCCAUUGCUGCUGGAAAACAUUAAGGAAUGGAAGUACACCUUGGGAGGUGAUAGAGUUUUAAUCGUGAGCAAAAAAUUUAUCGAACAAGUUCCUGACUCAAUUGUCAUCAAUAUUCUCAACCAUGUGGAUUUGGUGGAUGUGUUGUUGGAUGCUUCGAAUGGGACUGAUGUGAUUGCUAGCUCAGUUAACGAUGUUAUCGGUGAUAAACUGCUGAAGGGCGUUGAACAUCCGUGGAUUCACUGGAGUAUGGGAGGUGUUAGCGAGCGACGUUUGUCUUCCGGAUUGAGUCCAAAUGCCACUCUGGCAGCGACACUGAUGCAGCUCAUGUUACCUGGUACGGUCAGUAUUUUCUAUGGCGAUGAAAUAGCUCUCGAGGAAGCUCACGAUCCAAGCGGUGAGCACUUAGAGACGCAACAUUUGCACCACCUUGCCGCUAUGGCAUGGGGUGGAAGUCAGUUCACAGGACGCGGAACCUUGCCAUGGUUGCCGAAAAGCGCUUCCGCAUCGUAUCAUCAUUUAGAUAUUGUACUGGAAAUGAUUGCCUUGAGGAAGCGGUCGCCUUCGAUCUAUUUGAAUGCUGUCACCAAAGAGGGACAAAAGCUGUCCAAUACCGACAUAAAGUCUAGCCAGAAUGACGUUGUGGUGAUUGAAAGGUGGUACCCACGAAGAAGUUCACUUGCCGCUAUCACCAAUCUCGGUUCAAAGAACAUUUCACUGGAUCUAACCGCAAUGUUCUACAGUGGAGAGAUAGUCGCUGGAUCAUCUCCCAAAAGGGAGCGUGUUUACUUUGAACGAUUUUCUGUGGACUCGUUGGAAACUGUCAUCGUGCGAUUGCACAAGUAAAACACAGAACAACCAGUUUUGUUUUAAUUUU